AUGACACCCUGGACUGUUGUGUUUUGCCAUCCUUUUUUUUUUUUUUUUUACGGGAUGUAUGAGGGCUUUGCAUGUUGCGGCGAGAACUGCAUUUGUUACUGUGUCAUUGUUCUCUUUUUUUCUUUUUUUCUUUUUAUUCUUAGCCGUUUUUUACUUUUGUUGCUUAUUUUAUUUCUGGUCAUGUUGAGACUCCUGCGUGCUCCGUGCCUCCACUUCACUCACCAAAUGGAGGUGCGUGGCCAUUGCGCUGGAAGGAGUCUUUUUUUUUGUUCAAAUUCACACAGAACCAUCAUUGGGCACAUUUUUCUUUUAUACUUCUUUUGUUUUCUUUCAGGAGAUGCUUCCUUGGCUUUGCCUCCAACGGGGUAUGCGCGGAGUUACACGCGCUUUAAAAACCGAAGCCAAAAGCCUUUUUUGGAAAGGAUGCUUUAUCUUUCUUCUAACAUUAAAUUUGUUGUCCAUGUUGAUGCUUUUUUUUUUGGAGUGGAGUUCAUACUUCGUGACGAUCCCGCGUAUGGUUUUGGUGUUGGCCCGACCAGGGCGGAAUAUAUCCACUGCGUCGGGGAAAGGCUUCUGGUGGAUCCAACGACACGGCGGCUGGGGGGAAAUAAUAACGGGACGGACGUUAUCCCGUUGAUGGUGGUCCCGCUGAUGCUCGAUCUGAUGGACUUUCGGAGGAUGAUGUGCAACAUCAAUGUGCCAAUCCGGCUGUUGGUUUUGGUGCAGAACGGGCGGGAGGCGAUGCUGUCGUUGUGCCUGCAGGAACUCGAGAGGGUCUAUGGGUGGUCCGGACGCCUGGUUGUGAGUCGUCACCCGGAAAACAUCGGGUACAGCGCUGCCGUGAACAUCGGGUUACGACUUGCACUCUCGCUGCCGCGCGAGGAAGUGCCUUUUGCUUUUGUGACAAACAGCGACGUAAAGUUUUCACCCGAUCUUCUUCCCAACCUUCUACGCGAUGUGCAUGAAAUGGCGAGGCAUGAUGCCGCUCGCAUGGAUGAGUUGGCGGCGGAGGUGGCGAAUGAGCCGAGCGAGUACAGUCCUGUUUUGCGACGGGGCUUGAGGGAGCUGUGCUCCACGGUGAACGAUAGCCGAUUGUCGACUUCUGCGCUGCUGCCUGACCGCAUCCGUUAUGCUUCUGUGAAGGAGCGUGAAAAGACGUUUUCGAAGCAUUACGGGCACUUCUGCGCGUAUUACAAAGGCAGUUGUUUUACAUCUGUUAUGUUGACACGCCUGGCGAUCAGCACGGUGGGAUAUUUUGACGAGAACUUUUACCCAGCUUACGUGGAGGAUGUCGACUACAGCUUACGCCUCCGUUUGCUUGGAUUUCAGGAGCGAAAUGUCUUCUACGGCAAAUUUGUGCAUCGCGGCAGCUCGAGUAUUCGUCUCUCUAAUGAGGUGGAGCUACCGGACGCUCUCUGGUACCGUCGCGUCAGGUCUUUGAGUGCGAACGAUGCAUAUGCCAUGAUGAAGUGGAACCGUCCACGGGCGUGCAGUGGCGGGUACAAGGGGCCAUAUGACGGCAUGGUCCCCGCAUACGUUUGGGUGAAGGAUGAGGCACGCAUACAGCGCCUUCGGGCCUACGGGCAUGAUGAGGAGCAAGGGGUUCCAAAGGUUGAGUACGACAGGACACUUUUGUACCCUGUGAGGACGAAAGGAAGAUGA